CACUGUCGGUAUUCUCAAUACACUUCACUCUUUUCCAUACACUACAAAUAUUACUGUUUUGGACAUUAUUGCUCAUGAAAGGGGUUUAUUUGGAGAUCUUCAUUUUAUUUAUGAAGUGAUUUUAUUUUAUUUUUUACUUGGAGAUCAAUGCAAGGAUUUGUCAGAUAUGCUGGAAAGAUCUAAUUUUUAGUCAUAUUCAAUUAUAGAAAAUCAAAGGUGUUUACUUGAAAUAAUUCUCUGCUGGAGAAGGUGUGAAUGGAGUUAACUUCUUGCUUGUACUUGAUAAAAUCUUGGUUCGUUUAGUGGAUAAAAUUCUAUUUUAGUUGGUGGGUAGGUGCAGAAAUUUUAUACUUCCAAUGGCGGCUCUCCAUUUCGACUACUUGCUUCUUCUUCUUCUCCUUUUUUUAUUUUUAAAAUCACUGUGAUGAACAUUUUCUUCCCCAGUUGUGAUUUGGUUGAAAUGUUCUUGGGUGUUCCAUUGCUUGAUGCAAAGUACCUUUAAGAUAUGUUUAGCUCAUGAAAUUGUAGAAUGGGUGAGCCUGCUGAAGCAGUUGAGGUUAAGGUAGUGGAAACCAAACAAAGGAAUUCUGAGGUUGGUCCAUGGGAAGGAUUACCUGGGGCUUUGGAGCAGAGAAGUUUCGAACGCUUGGUACAGAAGAAGAAGUCUUUACGAGCCCGUUAUUUGUAUGGCAUUGUCUUUCUGUUUGCAAACCUUGUUGCUUGGUGUGUUCGUGACUAUGGACAAAAGGUUACCCCUCAGCUCCAUUAUCUAAAAUCUUGUGGAAUUGGGGGACUCGAGUGUUUUCAUACAAUGGGAGUUCUUCGUGUUAGUUUAGGAUGUUUUAUAUUUUUCUUUAUAAUGUUUCUUACAACAUGUAACACAAGCAAGCUGUAUGAAACUCGCAACACAUGGCAUUCAAGAUGGUGGCCAUUGAAGUUUAUUAUGUUGAUUGUCUCACUAACCAUUCCAUUCUUUCUCCCCUCAAAUUUAAUUCAACUAUAUGGUGAGCUUGCGCGUGUUGGUGCAGGGGUUUUUCUGAUCCUCCAACUGGUAAGUGUCAUUGAGUUUAUCACAUGGUGGAAUAAUUACUGGAUGCCUGAUGAGACAGGGAAGCAAAGUUGCUUCCUUGGAUUAUUUACUUCAACACUAUUUUACAUUGCUUCUGUAUGUGGAAUUGGGAUGAUGUAUUCACUCUAUGUCCCCAAACCUUCAUGCACUCUUAACAUAUUUUUCAUCACAUGGACUGCAGUUUUGCUUUUAGUGAUGCUUGCCAUAUCCUUACAUUCAAAGGUGAAUAGAGGUCUUUUGUCUUCAGGGAUUAUGGCUUCUUACAUUGUUUUUCUCUGUUGGUCUGCUAUCAGAAGUGAGCCGGCUGCUAAGAAAUGCAGUCCACAGAAACAUGAGAACGAACAUGGCGAUUGGACCACUGUGCUUGGCUUCCUCAUUGCUAUAUUUGCAAUUGUCAUUGCCACUUUUUCAACAGGGAUUGAUUCACAAACAUUUCAGUUCCGCAAAGAUGAAGUCCAACACGAGGAUGAUAUCCCAUACAAGUAUGGGUUCUUCCACCUGAUCUUCUCCUUGGGAGCCAUGUAUUUUGCCAUGUUAUUCAUUAGUUGGAACCUAGACAGCUCAACUAGGAAAUGGAGCAUCGAUGUUGGCUGGGCUAGUACGUGGGUUAAAAUUGUAAACGAGUGGUUUGCAGCCACCAUAUAUAUUUGGAAAUUGAUAUACCCAGUUGUAAGACAAACCAAAGUCAUGGAUCAAGAAGAGCCUGUGCAGCAGGCAGGCAAUUCCGUGUUAUAGUGAUUUCAUUUCUCGAUGUAAACUGUAGAGUAGCUCUUAUUUUUUUUUUUAUUAUUGCUAUUAUAUUUUCUCCAUUUGUUACUGGAAGAUCCUCCAGAGUCCUAAGCCUCUGGCAAAUGUAAAAGAUAAAAAAGGAUUUCAAUUUUUUUAAUAAUCUGUGAAUUGAAUUAUAAAAUUUUC